CUGGUUGCGAAGGUAGUGGUCGUGGUGGUGUACUGGAAGAAGCAAGUGUUUCCUCUGGGCUUGCUUGCUGCAAGCAAAACUGCCUUGGGAGGUGGAUCUAAAUCUUUGAAAAGCAUAUUUGAGCAUAAUAAGGACACGAAAUUACGAUGCCAUCCCCGAUGGAGGGAUCUUCCAGAGAAGGUGACCUGUUUACUGUGAAACACGAGCUGAAAAACGCCAACCUGACGGGCCAUGUAGAGAGGGUGGGGAUUGAAAACUUCGAGUUGUUAAAGGUGCUGGGCACUGGAGCAUAUGGAAAGGUGUUCCUUGUGAGAAAAGUCAGCGGCCACGAUGCUGGGAAGCUGUAUGCCAUGAAGGUUUUGAAGAAGGCCACUAUUGUACAGAAGGCAAAGACUGCAGAACACACACGCACAGAGCGGCAGGUGUUGGAGCACAUCCGCCAGUCUCCAUUUCUUGUCACACUUCACUAUGCCUUCCAGACAGAAACCAAGCUGCACCUCAUUCUUGAUUAUGUAAAUGGUGGGGAGCUCUUCACACACUUGGUGCAAAGGGUGCGGUUUAAGGAGCAAGAAGUAGCUCUGUAUAGUGGAGAGAUUGUCUUGGCACUAGAACAUCUACACAAGCUUGGGAUUGUCUAUCGGGACCUGAAACUUGAGAAUAUUCUACUAGAUUCAAAUGGUCAUAUAGUUCUCACAGAUUUCGGCCUUAGUAAAGAAUUUGAUCAGGUUGAAAGGGCUUUCUCUGUCUGUGGCACCAUUGAAUAUAUGGCUCCGGAAAUAGUGGAAGGAGGAGAGUCUGGGCAUGACAAGGCGGUGGACUGGUGGAGCCUCGGUGUGUUGAUGUAUGAGCUUUUGACUGGUGGCUCACCCUUCACUGUUGAUGGAGAUGAGAACUCACACACAGACAUUGCCAAGAGAAUUGCCAAAAAGGAUCCUCCUUUCCCUAAAGACAUGGGACCACUGGCCAAAGACCUAAUUCAGCGACUCCUCAUCAAAGAUCCAAAGAAGAGAUUAGGGUCAGGACCCAGUGGAGCAGAGAAUGUAAAGAAACACCCAUUUUACCAGAAAAUUAACUGGGAGGAUUUGGCAGCUAAGAAGGUGCCUGCACCGUUCAAGCCAGUGAUUCGGGACGAGCUGGACGUCAGCAACUUUGCAGAUGAGUUCACAGAGAUGGACCCCACCUACUCUCCUGCAGCUCUGCCUCAGAACUGUGACCGCAUCUUCCAGGGAUACUCUUUCAUGGCCCCCUCCAUCCUGUUCAAGAGGAAUGUGGUGAUGGAUGACCCUGUCCAGCUGUGUGGGGGUUCUGAAAAGCCAGGCUCAGCUGCGGUGGCCCGCAGCGCCAUGAUGAAGGACUCACCUUUCUAUAUGAGUUAUGAGAUGGACCUAAAGGAAAGUGCUCUGGGGGAGGGUAGCUUCUCCAUCUGCAGACGGUGCACACACAAGAAGACUGGACAGAAAUAUGCAGUCAAGAUUGUUAGCAAGAGGAUGGAGGCCCAGACUCAGCGGGAAAUCGCAGCCUUGAAGCUCUGCGAUGGUCACCCUAACAUUGUCAAGUUACAUGAAAUUUAUCACGAUCAGCUCCAUACGUACGUGGUUCUGGAGCUGCUUGGUGGAGGGGAGUUGCUGGAGAGAAUCCGCCGGAAGCAACAUUUCAGUGAAACAGAGGCUAGCCGGAUCAUGCGCAAACUGGUGUCUGCUGUCAGUCACAUGCAUGAUGUUGGAGUUGUGCACAGGGAUCUUAAACCGGAGAACCUGCUCUUCACAGAUGAGAACGAGAACUCUGAGAUAAAAAUCAUAGACUUUGGCUUUGCUCGUCUGAAACCACCAGACAAUCAGCUCCUGAAGACUCCCUGCUUCACCCUGCAGUAUGCUGCACCAGAGAUACUCAAAUAUGAUGGCUAUGAUGAGUCCUGUGACCUGUGGAGUCUAGGGGUCAUUCUGUACACCAUGCUGUCUGGCCAGGUGCCUUUUCAAUGUCAGGAGAAGACCCUGACCCACACCAGUGCUGAAGAGAUUAUGCGGAAAAUCAAACAGGGAGACUUCUCUUUUGAAGGAGAGGCCUGGAGAAAUGUGUCCCAGCAGGCUAAGGACCUCAUACAAGAGCUGCUGACGGUCGACCCUAACAAGAGGAUUAAGAUGUGUGGCCUCCGUUACAACGCCUGGCUCCAGGACGACAGCCAGCUGUCCUCCAACCCACUCAUGACCCCAGACAUUCUCGGCUCCUCCACUGCCUCUGUCCACACUUGUGUCAAAGCUACUUUUAAUGCAUUUAACAAAUGUAAGCGGGAAGGUUUCCGCCUCCAAACAGUGGACAAGGCACCACUAGCCAAGAGGAGGAAGAUGAAAAAAACAAGUACCAGCACAGAGACCCGCAGCAGUUCCAGCGAGAGCACCCAUUCCUCCUCCUCCUCCUAUCAGUCACAGGAGAAGACUUUUCAAGAGGGAGACCCCAAUCCACAGCACUCCAACAUCACUCCUGUCACCACCCCUGUCAACACACCGGUGCCCUCCGGAACAGAUUCUGGGCACCAACCAGCACCUCCAGCCUUUCCCUUCUCAGAAGGACAGUGAGGAGAAUCCUGAUUCGGACAGUUUAGUUAACCGAAGGAUGGCUUGGACCAGCAUCGAGACAUCCUUCUUCUUUCUCUCUGCCUCUGGCUCAAUUGCAUGGAUGUCAGCACGUCUCCAGAACCAAGCAUGCAGCAGGAGCAGCACUGUCACCUCUAUAUCAAUCAGUCAGUCAAUCAAUCAUCACUAGCAAUAGCCUAUCCUUUCUUUCUGACUUUCACAUACAGACUCUGUCAAUCAGGGACUGGACCAGGAAGAAGUGUCACCAAUGUCCUAAAAGAAAAGGGCUGCCCUACUGCCCCCGGUCCAGACAGUGGAGAGAUAUAUUCAGUCUCCUCAUCAAAUCACAAUCUCUGUCCUCCCAUUUCUGUCUUUGUCCCUGUUUUCUGAGAUUUAAAGGGAAAGUCAGUGUUUACACCAUGGAUACUUUGCAAUUUCUGUCAAAUGGAGAGAGAAACAAAGGGCAACGUACUGCAGGAUAACAUGUGGGUCCACUUCUCUUUUCUGGGAAGUCUCUGCUAUAUGGAGCAGCUUAUUUAUAUGUGAAUUUUGCAGACUGAAAUUUAUUUAUGAUAAGCUAUAUUGUUAACUUAUUUAUGGUUCAUUAUGAUCUGAAAAGAAAUAACGGACACAGUGAGUCUAAAAAAGAUAUUGUGUGUGUGUGUGUAUUUGUGUGUUUCCCUAUCAGCUCAAAAAACUUUCCAUAUAGUCAGAUAGUCUUUCAUAUCUCUUUGUAGUUAAACACAUCAAAGAGUCUAGUAGGUCAGUUUUAGUUUGUUUUGUAUACAUUGUAAGAGUCAAAUUCAUGAAACCAGAGUGCUUUAUAGGUAUUUCAAAUUAUUUUAAGAGAUUGAUAUUUAUUUAGUGGCUUAAAAAAGAUACAUUUCCUGAUUCACAUUGAUAAAAGAAGAAAAUGUGUGAGCAUCUUUUUGUAUUAACCAAAUUAGGAUGUAGUAUGUGCAGCCAUAGCUGUCAUUUUAUUAUUGUGUGGCGACUACUGCUGCCUGAAGCAGUGCGACCUGACUAGAACAGCUAUAUUUAGACUUAUUUUUGUCUCUGAUGUGGGAGUGUGGCUACUUCCAGACUUAGCACUGCUGCUGUUCCAUGUGGUUUGAUCCUGAAAUCAGCGCUAAAUCAGCACUGCUGGGCUAAAUGUGUUUAGCCCAGCAUUGGAGACCUAAUUGUCUCAUUAUCACGACGACCAAUUGGAUUGAGCAGAAUGUUCCAAAUGGAAAAUGAAGAUCAGCUUAGCGUAAGGGUUGAAUGCGUCAAGUAGUUUGAGAUUUGAGUCUUCUUGGAUCCAGGAUGUCUGUGGACAGUUUCAAGUGACCCCUUUUUUUAGUUACAAUAUAAUUAAUUAGGAAGGGAUAUGUGCCAAAACUGCAUUUGAGUGAGACAUUUGAGUUUAAAAAUGGUCAGACACUAGGACAUUUGGAGGCAAUAUAGUGCAAAAAGUUGCCCAUUUUUAUCUUUAGUCUUAAAACUACUGCAAAAUACCCACCCUCCAUAAACACAAUUGUUGAGUGUAAACUAGGGAUGCACUGAUAUAUCAGCAAAAUGUCAGUAUUGGCUGUUAAAGGCCUUGUUGACUGAGUGUGGGAAAUAAAAAUGUCUGAUGUGUGAAUCAUAUACCAGUGAAAAUCAAAUAUUGAUGAAGAAUUGAAAAUUGUUUUUACUUAUUUUGUUUAUAGUGAAGAUAUCUUUACUUCCCUGGAAAGUAGAAAAAAGGAAUAAGUAUGGAAAAAACCCCAAAACAUCUUGUUGGUCCAGAAUUUAACAAUUGGUGCAUCCCUACUACAAGCUUCUUUUUACUAUUGAUGCCGUCCUUGAUCUGUUUACCAUAUUGUACUGCAUGAAAAGGUGAUCUUUGCACUGUGUGACAGCACUCUCACUUUGAGGCAGACAUCCUGUUAGUAUUAGGUCCCCAGUGCAUGACAUGACCUGAAACAUCAACCACUUAUUUAUUUGCCUUUGUGGGCUUUGUGGGCAGAUUCUUACUUGAUUCAAUGUGAGUUUGUUUACUUGCUUAACUGAAUAUCCCCGAUUUUCAAUUCGGGACUUUUGCUGUUUAAAAUUACGAUGGGUGUACCAAAAUCCCUUGUUACAAUAGCCUAAAUAUUGUAAUAUCCCAGUGUUACAAUUCUGGUGUUAGUUGGGAUAGUUAGGGGAAAAAUGCCAUGCUUUGUUAACAGUUUUUUUUUUUUAAAUUAUGUCUUUGUUUCCAUUGUAAUUGAAAUACUGUGUUUUGCUGUUGUGUACAGGGGUACUUGGUGAUCACUAUGUGAAGCUGCCUAGAAACAGAUCCUACAGGUUUUCAGUUGGACUACUGUGUGCAUUUAAACACACUCCAUCAUCCUCUUCCAUUUUAAUGCACUCUGAAUCAGAACCAAAGCAUUAACUUCAAGGUAGCUGCUUUAAGCUGCAUGAGACAUUACCUUUCAUGCAAAUAUGCAAAGAAAUGCUUCAUAUAUCACAUUUUCUGUUUGUUUGUUUAUUAGUCCAUUUAGUGAAAUGUGCUUGCACAGAUAUUUUUUUAGCACAGAUGAUUUUGUAACAGCAAACAAUAUGUUUUCUUCAGAGAUUCUUUAUGGAAUCAAUAAUAUCAAUACCCAGCACAUUAUCAUGCUUAAAUCUAUGCAUCUCUUUUGCACUUUUGUGUUGCUUCUUUUGCCAUUUCACAGAGACCUCAUUGAAUGGGUUAAACACAGUACUUAAAAGGGUGUAACAAAAUGCUCAUACAUUGAUCGGCCACAACACUAAAAGCGCCUGCCUAAUAUUGUGUUAGGUCCACCUUGGGCCAGCAAAAACAGCUCUGAUGUUGGAGAAUAGAUAUAAGAUGUUGGUGGUGUCUGGUACAGGGGGGCUGGACUGGGAUCAGCCAGAUUAAUGCCUUGGGCUCUUUGUCGUGUUUCUGUGCAAUUUUUCUGGUUGUGGCAGAGUGCAGUCCUACUGGGGGAAGCAGCUAUUCUGGGGGGAAGUGAGUGUCAUGAAUGGCAGGUUCCAAGGUUUCCCAGCAGAACAUUAUAUAGAGUGGUUUUAAUGUUCUGGCUGAUCGGUGUGUACUGUACUUUUACUCCCAUAGCAUCAGCCACUGUAGAAAUGGAAAGUAUGAUCAAUUCCCUGCAUAAAAAAGAUGGAAUCCUUGGAGCUAAGCACUACAAAGCUCUUGUCUAACUUAGUUCGCAUGAGUUCCCCGUUGCUGCCUCAUUAAGCCUCUUUUCUUUUGUUUGGGUGUAUUAAUAGCUCAAGUGGAGGAAGAGGAAGAGUGUCCUAUAUUGAGUUCCCCUCUGGGAGCCAGGCUCUAUUAGCUGAUGUGCUGCAGUGCUGUUUGUUCCAAAGAAAAUACCAUACUCUACUCACUGCCUCUGUGGGACCCAGCUCACUUUCUUUGUAGGGAAAAUAACCACCAUAGGAAAGGGUUGGUUUAUUAUCAGUGUCUCUUGGGGCUGAUUUCCAAACUAGGCUUUCCUCCCUUUGAUAAACAUCUUGUUCAUUGUGCCACCAUAAGGAAGAAAGACACAGGGAGGUCGGUUCUUAUUUUAGGCCCUGUUGUCUUUGAUACAUUUUGUUGUUGGUUCCCUGAAAUUUCAAUGAAAGUUCCUUUUCUGCCUUCAGCGCUUCCUGUUUUUCUAAGGCUGAAAGCAUUGCACCUAAUAAGCUAAACCUUUUUACCAUUUUGAAACAUUAAUUAGAGAGCUGGUACUGGUAGUUUGAAUUAUUUUGUAAAAAACAGUGACUGUUGUUGUACAUUUUAGUCAAUGAAAUUGGUUUAGGAUGUUGUGGUGUGUUUCUGUGCUCCCGUCAUGCAUGGGAUUAAGAGACGGACACAAAGUGAAAUUGAGUGACAUCUUGUACUGCUUCUUAGUAUGGUGCUUAUGUGCAUGUGUUGUUUGUGAAACUCAAACAUUUUGGACAGAUAUUGCAGCUAGUGUGGUUCCUUUUUGUCAGCAUUUAGGAUGGGUACAAUACUGUGCAAAAGUCUUUCAUCAGCCUUCAUUUGUAAAAAUAUUUUGCCAGGAAAAUGGGAAAUAGGUGCAGUGAUUUAUUGAGAUAUCUGCAGUCUUACAGUAUAUAACACAGUAUGUAAGGCAAAAACAGAGUUUAUGCAUUUCUAACAAGUUUCAAGGUCAAUAUUUGGUAUUCUGUUUGUAUUAUUUUUUACAGCCAGAACUCUCUUAGGCAAGCUUUCUUGUAAUUUCAGGAAUAGUUCUCCAGGCUUCUUGAAGGACAUUCAGAGUUCUUCUUUGAUCCCACAAGAUGAUCCCACACUGUGUUUUUUUGGUCUAGGCUUACACAGAAAAUCUCACAGUGUAAAUAAUUGCUGAAAAAUGAAGCCCCUGCAAAUCAGACUCUUUCAGAUGCUAUUGCUUGGUAGAUCAAAAUCUGAUGCUACAUUUCUGAAUUCUUAAAUCCAUCAGUUUUGACAAGAUUCCCAACACCACUGGCUGAAAUGCAGCCCCAAGUCAUAACAGAGCCUCUACAGCCAUCUGUCUUUUACAGAUGGCUGUAGAGGCUCUCUCUUAUACCUUUCUCUUAACCUGACCGACCAAAAUUUUCAAAUUUGAAUUCAUCACCACAUAAGUCCUGUUGCCACUGAUUUUCAGUCCACUUCUUGUGUAAUUCGGCAUAUGUCAGCCUUCUCUCCCUGUUUCCCUUCCUUAAGAAUGCCUUCUUGACACCCAUCCUUCUACUGAGACCAUUUCUGAUGAUCAACUAAAGGGCCAGAUGCAUCUCUCAGGUCCUAUUGUCACAUCUUUGCUGGAUUUUUUUCUUAUUUCCUGUCCUCAACUUGUCCACUUUCUUCAACACACUGCACACUGUGCCAAGAUAUGCCAAAUUUUCAGUUAAUAGCUCUUUGAAAAUCACCUCAUUACUACAAAAUUACUAUUUUAUUCCUGUCAAGCUGUGUUAUCAUUGGGAUUUUUCACAGACUCAACUAAAGAUACGGGAGCAGAUGAUGUGCUUUUGCAACAGGGUGCUAGUAACGAAGUGCCUAAAGAUACAAUUCAAAAUUGUUUCCUUGAGAAGUUGUGUGUUAUGUGUAGACACAAUACUGGUUCAUCCCUUGAGUUUUUUGCCUUUGUUAUUUUUAAAUGAGUCAUAAGUCAGUGUGAAGCGAUUCAACAAGCAAAAAAAAUUCCUCUGAAAAUGGUCAGGUAAAAAGGACUGUAUUGAAAUGAAUGAAGAAGCAGCCAAUGUUCAAAGACAAACUUUGAAAGACCUUCAGAAAGAUUAGAGAACUAUUGCUCAUGACAAGUUUAAAAAUUAUAAGAAAGUCUGGCUCCCUGGAAGCAAAAUAUAAAGAAAUAAGGGAGAAAUAAGAAAUAAGAGACUCAAGAUUUUUGGACAGGACUGUAUAUGCGGAGCUGUCCAAGGUGCUGAAGUGCUCAAACUAUCAGUUAUUUCAAAGACCUGUAACAGUGUGAUACUUUAAAGAAGCAAUCCCCCAACCAAGAGUACUUGAAUGUUAGGUGGCUCAACUAAUCUGGAAAAAAAAAAGAAUAUGUGCUUAAAAAACAAACAAAAAAACCCCCCACUAGGGCUAAUGUUAAGUUUAUCUAUUGAUACAAUUUAGAGUGAUCUCCAAAUAAGGUGGCACUUUCAUCAGUCAUGAGUCCGUUGUGGAACUGCUUUGAUCAAGCACGAGGAAAAAGAGUGAGUGUUCAGCUUUUGGGACAUUAUUAUGUUUUUUUGUUACAGUUGUGACUGUUUAAUAUCAAAGUCUCAAAUAAUUAGUUCAGUGUCUGAACAUGUCCUCUCUGUAAGGCAAGAACUCAGACUUCAGACUGCUCCAAAUACUUGAUUUCAGACUUUUUUUUUUUCUUUUUAAUCUUUUUAAUCCUGAUUUUGUAUGAUGUCAGUGAGUGCAGAUAUCCCAAAUAUGGCCAUCCCUAGCACAGAACUCUGGCUGUGAGCAUAACAGCCCCACCCACCUGGUGUUCAAACCUAUUUGGAAGGGGCAGCCAAUCAAAAGAAAGUUGGCUUACAGAUAGAGGGAAGGGAGAAAAGCUUGCUUCACCUAGUGGAUGAACUGAGGGCUCAGUAUAAGUUAAAAAAAAAGAUUAUUUUGAAUUGUGAAUCAUGCAAAGCUCUAGUCCACAAAUAGAAGUACUGAGCUGGAAGUUAGCAUAAAAUUUCCACUUUGAGUACAAAUUAUACACAUUUAUAUAGUUAAUAGUAUUACAUAACAUCCAGAUUCAUCUUAGCCAGCCAAUAAAAUAUGUCAACAGAUUUGUAUGGUACUCUUGCCUUUACAACACUUCAGCAGUUUAGAUACCUGCCAGCAUGGGCACGCGUUCUCUUGUGUUAAUUUGUUUGACUUGGUCCAGUGUUGCUCUAAGUAAAGUUGGUGACAGAUUUUAAUGCUUCUGCAAAUGCAGGUUGUAAGGCAUGUAAGGCAUCAUCAUUGUCAAUAUUGUCAUCAUCAUCAUCAUCAUCACCAGUGCAGCCAUCAUGCAUGUGCUGAUGCUGCUUGAUUCCCAUCAGUCUUUCUGUUGUCACCAAAACUUGUCCAAACGUACUGUAGCAGUGAUCCCUUUGAAAUUGGUCAAUACUAAACUGUUUUAAAACACGCAAUCAAGCUUUAAGGGCAAAACUUUGCACUUACGUGUUGAUUUAGUCAUGCAUAUGUUGCAGGAAAAAUGUCCUCUUUACCUUUGUGCAGGUUUAAAUGUUUCUUGUCUUUGUAUUUCUCUUGAUGGUUGUUGUCAGAUAAUCCUAAGAUAAAAUAAACCUCAACAGUAGUACUUUUUAGAUAUGGCAAGGAGACACCAUGUGCAUACCUGCUUCUUAAGGCACUGUGAAAAUCAUCCUUCAGGACUUUGGGCACACCAUUGAUAGUGUGAGGAAAAAAAAAAAAACCGAUUUGCUUCAAUAAAUGCUUUACCUGCUAGCUGAAUACUUGUGUACAUUUGAUAACCUGAAAGCAGUAACAAGUCUUUUAAUAGAUCCUCUUGCUUCAUUGUAUUUUUAAGUGUUUACAUCAUUAAUGAAGAUAUUUUGUGAUACCAGGAUUUGUGUGUAUGAAUUGUCAGAAGGACAAUAAUCGUAAGAUUUCCUGUUCAUUUGGUGAUUUUGACUAAUAAAUUAGGUAUGAACAUGU